CACAGUGGACACGGGACAAUGAGCCCUGCUAACCGCCGUCUGUGUGAUGUGGUGAAAGAUUUGUUAGGGUCAGCGUAAUUAAACAGGACCAGCUGAGCUGUAGACAUGGAAGUGCCUUGCUACCUGCCCAAACUGCUGUUUGAGCUCAAUGAGCAGCGUAAGCGGGAUUUCUUCUGUGACUGCAGCAUCCUGGUGGAAGGACGUGUCUUCAAAGCCCACCGUAAUGUGCUGUUUGCUGGGAGCGGAUAUUUUCGAGCUCUUCUGGUUCACUAUCUGCAGGACAAUGGACAGCGCUACAGCACAGCAUCGUUGGACAUCGUAACAGCUGAUGCCUUUUCUAUCAUCCUGGACUUCCUCUACUCUGGCCGCUUGGCUCUGAACCGGAGCAACGUCAUUGAGGUGAUGUCAGCAGCCAGCUACCUGCAGAUGACUGAUCUGGUGAACUUCUGUAAAGGGUACAUCCGCUCAUCUCUAGAAAUCUGCAGCAAGGAGAAGGAGAAGAGCACGGAGAAAGAGAACCGGGCAGAGGACGGAGGAAUGGGUCUUGCAGACAGCGGCACUCCUGCUGCGACAGUCUCCAGCGGUGCAGGCGUUGCUGAGCCUCGUUCACAGGUUGCAGAGGCAGACAGAGGGUCUGGUUUGAGUUCUGAGGCCGUUACAUCGGCAAGAAACCCCUUGUCUAUCUCCGUCACCACCCCUCCAGCCUCCAGCAGGGACAUGGAUAGUGGUUACCCUUCCAGGGAGGAAUUUACAUCCGUCAGUGAAGGACAGAAGGGACACAUGGAUCAGACUAAUCUCUCAUCCUCCUCGUCCUCUGCGUUGACUCCAGAGUUAGUGAACCCUAAGAUAGAAUAUGACCCUGAUGAGGAGCUUAUGGAGUCCCCUGACACCAAAGACCUUGCAUCAUAUGCUGGGCCUUCGCUGCACAAUAACCAUCAUAGCAGACUACUUCCCCCAAGUCCCUCUCCCUCCAAUGAACGCUCCCCCUUGGGAUACAGCCCUUCGUUUAAUGCUCGGCAGCUGAUGGAGAUCGUGGCCAGAGGUGAAGGCCCCAGUCCUCUGGGGGAUAGAGUAGGGCAGCGCUUUACCCAAGGACAAGGUAGCAACACGGGAGGAAGCAGAAUGGAUGAAGGUUUAGGGUUUGUGGGAUCGUCUAUAAUGGAGAUCCAAUCUGAUUGGCUUGGAGAGGACACAGGUGAUGGCUUGGUAGUGCCAGUGAAGCUUCACAAGUGCCCUUUCUGCCCGUACACUGCCAAACAGAAGGGGAUCAUGAAGAGACACAUACGUUGCCACACAGGAGAAAGGCCUUUCCCCUGCCCAAUGUGUGGCAAGAGGUUCACUCGACAGGAGCACCUUCGCAGCCACGCACUCAGUGUCCACAGACAUUACUGGCCAGUAUCAUGCAAGAGCUGCAGACGAACCUUCACUGGAUCGGGUGUUUCGCCAGGACUCAGACGCUUUGGCAUCUGCGACAGCUGCAACUGUGUGACCACCACGCAUGAUGAUUCGGCCCCCGUCCACCCCUCCGGCCAAGCAGAGCCCAUGGAGCGUUCGGACGGAGGCACAGAUUGGUCCAGUUUUAUGGACGAUGUGGACGAGGUAGAGGUUGGCAGAGUGGAGGACUUGGUGGAGAAACAGAUGCUUGAAAGACAGCUUGCUGUCUGCACUGAUGUAGGUCAAACACUGUGAAUAUGACGUCCACUAUACUCGGAAUAAACCCUUUCCCUGAUCUGUGGCCACGCUAUUGUGUUAAAUUAUCACUGUACAAUGAAUAAUUUAUUAAAUCAUUUGUAUCCAGAAUAUCCAGUCUUUCUCACUCUUGCAGAUAUUGUGCUCUGGUGAUUUUCCUAGCAAGAAAGAAGUGUUUUGUUUUUAAAACCAUGGAUGUGAUCCUUAAUUUUUUGAUGUAUUUGCACAGCUGAUCAAAACCAAAUUUUUUUUAAUGUGUUGUACAUAAAGAGAGUGUGCCUGUCAAAGCGUCAUUUUGCUGAACCUCACACAAGAUGGACUAAGUAGCUUGCUACACAUUUUGUUCUGUCCAAAAAUAUCAGUUUGUAGAUAACAAGAGCUUUGUAGGGAUGAUUUUGCCACUUGGGGUACCGUUGCAAUAAAUGUUUUUUUGUGUAACUGUGGA